ACUGUCAGGGAUGUGGUGUAUCACGGCCGGUGGAGUAGUGCUGCUCUUGUCACUGCCAGAUCCGGGAACUGUCACGGUUUUUACUACUCGAAACAUUUUGUAGUCUUCGUUGUCAGUGUUAAUAGAUUAUUUAUUCUGUUCAGUGUGAGAUGAAGAGCAAGUGUAACGCUGACAAACACUGUAUAAUCUCGAUUUAAUCCAAUCCAGCGACCAAAGGCUGGGUUUAAUUUGGACCUGUCAGAGGAAGUUAGCUGUAUGGAGCAGCAGCAGCGGGGUCUCUUUGGCUUCACUCCGGGCAGGUCUGCAUGCUGUGGGUCUAUCGGUUCGCCAAACAUGCAUCUGUCCAUCACCUCGACCACCGGCAGUCCAGUAGAACUGAGUGUCCCGCGGGGAGAGACUGUGGAGGGACUGAUGAUUCACGUUUCCCACAAACUCAGGAUGCAAACAGACAGGAUCGUCCUCCUCCAUAGAGACAGGUGUUUUUUUUGGUCUUAUACUGAUGCUGUGCUUCAUGGAGUGUCACAAAUACCUUUAUUUUUUUCUCUUGAAACUAAAAGGCUGGUUGAUGGAUGUGUUUCAGGCAGCUGACUGCAGGUAGACUGUUGGACCUGGGUGUAACAGAUGGCAGCAAACUGACCCUGGUCCCUGUGGUGGAGGCUGGAUUGGUAAGUACCCUGUCAUCUCCACGCACAGUCUCAGUUGCUCUCCUUGAUAUGUUAAGUACAUUUUUUUCUAUUCUUGCUGUCACAGUGCUCCACUGCCAAAGCCGAGAGGGGAAUUAUGGAUGUUUUGGAGAGUUUAACAGAAGUUCAGGUAAGAGUUUAGUUUUUAUGGAUACCCACCAGUUGAUUGCAUGCUUGGAAAAAGGUCAAUAAAGCCUUGAUCAAUCUACAUUACGCACUCACUGGUGUGAUUUCCACCAUCAGUCCAGUGCUCUGUAAAAACCCACACAGCAUCCACCUUGAAAAAUAUGGUUCAGAUUGUCAUGAAGGUUUGUACAUCACAUUUCCAAGAUCAGGAUGCAGAAUUACUGAAUCAAUUCAAGACUAUAGAGUGAUUCAGCUGUUCAGAGAAAUGUGACCCUAACCCCAAAGAAGGUGAGAGGCUGUGUAUAAGGUUCGAAUAAUGAUAAUAAUAGUGAUCAUGAGAAGAAGAUGAAGGAGAUUAUGGUGGUUUGCAAAUCAUUGAUAUUCUGUUUUAUGGAAAAUAGUGCAGAUGCAUGUUUUCACAAACUGAAAACUCUUGUAGAAUCAGGAACUUACUCAACACUUUGGGGUCUCUUCUGAUGAGAUUUUCAUUUCAUGGUGCACCAAAUGUUUUUGAUGGGGUGACAAGCUGUGAUUGCAGGCCGAUCAAUCCAGCACCUGGCCUUUGCUACUAUGGAGCCAUGCUGUUGUACUGUUGUAUUGUUGUACAGGCAGAAUGUGAUACAGCAUCGUCUCUCUGAAAUAAUAGUUGUUUAGAUUUGUUAGACACCCAUGCCAUUAGCACUCAUGCAACUCUGUACCAUCAGGAACUCUGGCUUUUGGACUGUGUGCUGAAAGAAAGCCGGGUAACCCUCAGAUUGGAGGAUGUGGGGUCCAUGAUUAACAAAAAGAAUGUUAAAUAAUGAUUUUGCAGACCACAGGAAAGUUACUGACUUAACCUCGGUCCAUCUGAAAUGAGCUCAGGGCCCAAAGAAGUUGCCGGCCAAAUUAAGAUCACGUUAAUAGAGAGUUUUGUCUUUGCAUGGUAAUUUCAACCUGCAUUUCCAAAUGCAGCGACCAGGGUUCAUGGGCAGUGGUUUUUGGGGGGGAUUUUGAGCCCAUGCAGUGGUUUCCACGACAGAGUUGUCUGUUUUUAAAAGGACAGUGGGGAACUAUGACUAGCACAUGGGAUCCUAUACUGCUGUAUUUAACAUGGCUAGCUCUAUCAGGUAGGCUAAUGUAUAUAGCAUGUCAACUGACUCCAACAAAAGCACCAUUUUCAUGCAAGUAUACCCUCUAUUUUGAAAUUUCAAAGUGCUUUACUUAUUCAUUCAGACAGCCCUUUUGAACUAUUCUUGGACAUGAUAGAAACAUUUUCUCCCCCCUACAGUGUACUGAUCAGCAAGGUGAGUCUAUGAUGUACAAGUUGUGGAUUUAUUCUGAAUUUUGGUACUUUUGCAUCUCAGUUUGACCCAAUUUUUAGCACCAAAUUUCAAAGAUCAUUUGGCAAACACUUUAAUGGCUGUAUAGUUUAUUCCAGCCUUGUCUACCCAUUUACAGCAUGCACAGUGCAUUUUGUUAGAGGAACUUUAUCUUGCAUACCAGAGGCUGUGACAUCAUGCAAUUAAAAAAAAGACAAAUACUUAAUUUGAAGAUACACUUUCAUUCGGCUUUUCGUUUUUUGAUUUAACUUGUGAAUAUUAAAGACAGCAGUUAGCAAAACAGUCAAAUCAACUUUUUAAAAAUUUAAAAACAGUGUUCGAUAUGGCAGAGAAAUCUGCUUGAUGAGUGACUCAGACUGCAGCCUCAUGUGAUCUGAUGGUAUCUGCCAAUCCAGAAGGCCCAGAAACACUACUGAUACCAAAUCUCACUCGUGAUAAGAAGAACUUUACUCAGUUUGUGGACAUGGCCUCACAGUUUAUACAUCUGUACCACCAGGUAACUUGGGACCUCUCCUGCAACCCUAGCGCUGAAGUUUUUCUCCUAUUUUUUUUGGACUGUUUGACCUAAUUCUUCUCAUGUAAACUCGAUAGUGUGUUCAAAAUCAUUAAUUAUUUAGUUUAGUUUUUUUUCAAUGCUCUUUAGGUGGAAGAACAUAUAUGUGCAGCAUCCAAGAAUAAUGAAAAACUGCACCUGCUGUUUAAUGGGUGUUGCCGAAUGACACAAGACAUAAGACUAAGAUAUAAUUCUGAUGUGAUUCUCCUCUGUUUUUCAGAUCAGAGACUUCCUGUCUGGACGCUCACCUCUGACACUUAACCUGGGAAUUGGUGCUCAUAUGAUGUACGUCCAGCUGCAGCUGUCUGCGCAGAACGUGGCAGAACUGCAGCAGCAUCAUCAGGACUUCAGAGCUGGGGGCAGAAAGGAGCUUCAAGCUGGGCUGCCUACUGCUGCUGGGAGAAGCUCCUCUGUUUCUGCCUCAGCCUGGUCCCCCUCUAACAUAGCAGGAACAACGAGCCCCCCUGCCUCCAAGUCCUCUGCUCAAGCCCCGAACUCUUCUGACUCUGCAUCCAUGACCCAGUCAAACUCUCAGAGAAGCCGGACUUCUUUAAACUCAUCAGCCUUCUCCUUCCACUCUCCCACUCCUGCCUCUGCAAACCGUCACUGCUCAUCUCUGCAUCAGUCCUGUCCUCCUCCAACUCUCCGCACAUGUUCUCCGGUUAUUUCAAGCCCCUGUUUGCCUCCUGGUUGUCCACAUCCCAGCUCUCCACUACAGGCGGAAACACCUGUUUGUUCACCUCCUCCCAAUGGCUCCAUGCCCGGACCCCUAAGUCCAGCACCAGCCACAACCUUCAACGAGGUUAGUCUUUAAUAUUUGAUCGAAAGGUAUGAAGGACAAAAUGUUUUUAGUCAACUUAUGUGUGGCUAAAGACAUGAUGUGAUCUCCACCCUCUUGUUACGUUUCACAGAGAUCGUAUCUUAUGCAUGUAUCUUGUGAUUGUUUGGCAGUGUAAUACUCAACCUUCAUCUCCAGCUGAGAGAUGCAAGCAGCCAGGCGCAGUCAUUGAAAGUUUUGUGAGCCACUCCCCAGGCAUCUUCUCCGGGACUUUUUCUGGUAAGUUUGUGAGGCUUUAAAAAUGUAGAACAGCAGAUUAAUAGUGUUUUGUGGUUUUGUGGUAGAGAGACUCAACUUAAAUAAAAAAAGGGUUUUAUUUAUUGAGUGUAGAGGAUUCUGUUUUUCAAACAGCACAAGGAGAAUUACAAUUACAGCGGGAAAAAAAACAGUAAGCAUAAAAAUGAGAGGAGCAGUUUAAAUCAAAUCAAUUUGUGAUUAAAAAUACAAAGCAAACAUUUGAGAUGAACAGAGUGUGAGUGAAUGAUGUUGUCAGUGGUCUCCCCUGCUGUUGUGUCAGUCAGAUAUACUGUAAGUUGGUGUCAUCCUGUACUCCAGUGGGCAUCAGGGUUAUAUGAAUAUAUGGCAAGGAUAAACUCCCUAUUAUAAAAAGGGGAAAUCAUGAUAGCUUCAAUGUUAUUCUCGUCUUCUUCUUCUCAGUGACUAAUUCCCUUGACCUGCUGAGAUCUAGCUUCCAUACCCACUUGAUCCCUCCACAGCAAAGAUCUCUGCAUUGACUGUUACAAAGGAGAAUCCUGUUCCUCUACUAGUCCACCACCAGAUCUUGGUCAUGCUGGUGUUGAUCUUCAGACUGUAGAUUUUUUAAACCUUUUAAUGAAGCUCCCUUGAAGUCAGCUAGUAUGUGCUCAAUGGCAUCCAUGUGAAGUGUAUUUGCAUUUUCAAUAGCUUUGAACAAGGAAAGGCAGGAUGUUGUCAAAAAAAUUGAGAAGUUGUGGGUUCGGGAUCCUCAGUGCUGGUUCACUACCUCAUGUAUAAGGUUCCUAUGUGUCAGUAAGUUAACAUCCUCCUGCAGACGUGUUCAGGGAAAGCAUUUGGGAGGUUUUGGUGCUUCAGCGCUAGCCCGUUAAAGGUUUUUAUUUGCCACAUGUUUCCCAUGUCUGCAGUCAAAGAACACUCAUGUUUCUUCAACAUAUGGUCAUGGUGAGGCUUUGACUGUAUGUUCUGCAGCAUAUAUUCUAAUGUGAGGGAGUUAAGGUGGUUAUCUUGCUGUCAUGUAAAACUGCUUCAACAGUGUAGUCUUCUUAACACACAUACAAAAACACUGUAGGUUUGUAUACUUCUUCAGUGAAGUGCAGCCUCUAUUGAGGAUGGCUUGGCCUUCUAGAUAGCUGAAUCCACAUGACUCUGCAGAGUCACACUUUGCUGUGAUUUUCUUGGACUCAUUGCCCUUAUGCAUUCUUUGUGCCAAAGAAGACCAUGUUCAAGAACUUUCCACAUCUUUUGCCAACAGAAAGCUAAAAAAAAUAGCGCAUGAAACCAAGACGUGCCAAAUCAUAAAAGUUAUCACAGAGCCCUUUGACAAGAGCAGCUCAAUGACAAAGAGACACGUCAUCAUUACCCAUCACAAGCAAACUCUGUACGACAUUUGGCAACGGUGGCAACAAGAAAUGUCUGUAAAUAGACUGAAACUAUGAGCAAAACCAGACCCACUGAUGAUCAACUGACUGCUAUAACUGGGUGGACUGAGUAUUGGAGGGGUAUUGAUUCUACCUGGCUGGCUCUCUUAUCUUAUUCAUUUAUCUUUGUGUAUUCAGGCCUUGUGAUCUCCUGUCUCCCACUUGGCUUGGGGUGAGGGAGGUGAGACUGGUAAUUUCAAUGCAGUGACUGAUGCCACAGCAGUGGUUGACCUGCUGUGGAGUAAAGCAGGCGGGGCUCAUUAUGCAACACUCACUGUUAUGGAAAUAUUGGGUCAGUGUCAGUUGAGAGGGGAUUGUCCUCUGGAAGUUUGUGUUUACCAAAAGAAAGGGAGGUGGCUAUCUUGAUGAUUUGCAUUGAAGUAGCAAAGCCUGAUCCCCUGCAGUGGUGUGAAUAUGGACAGAGAUGAUGGGUGGGGACCCAGGCACACUGGGUGAAGGGGGGUGAGAACUAUUAAAACAUAGGCAAGUAAAUAUAUGAGUCUUACUGAUCUAUGGAGUCAUCUACUACAACUCAUUCAAAGCUUCACUGCUUUACUCUCCUUUUUUCUGGCCUCCAUUUUCCCAGUUAAAGUUUCAGUCUCAUUUAGAUCAACUGAAGAUAUAUAGAGAAAUUGGGAGGAUACUCUGUUAAUCCUCCCUGGAAAUCAACAUAUAAAGUGGAUAGAGUUUACAAAGAUGACUAAACACCAUUACAAUUCCAUGUUCAAUCAAUGCUUAUGUAAUUAUGGUAUGUAGAGAAGAAAUUAAAGGAAAUUUCAGGUCCACAACCACAAAACAUCCAGUUUUUACCAACAUGUCAAAAAAAAACAACUAACUAAUGUUUUUCUUGAAAACCUUAAAAAUUAUUUCUUUUUUCAUGCACUAUUCUUUCUCAUUAGGAACUUUGGCCCCUUGCAGUCAGAGCAGCAUCAGCCAUCCUCGAGGUGGCAUCACCAUCAUCCUCCAGAUCCUCAACGACCUCCUUAGGGCUGCCUUUCACCACCAGGGUGCUCCACCCGCAGUCCAUCACCCACACUCUGCUGCUUCAAACCCUCCGGUCAGCCCACUGCUCGCUACAGAAGAGCAGAGCAAAGCAAAAAGUAAAAUACUGGAGACCAAGAGGACGGAGAACCUGGUUGAAACUCCAGGUGAGCCUUAAACAACAGUGAAGUUGCACAAUAUAUACGUGUGUUUGAAAUAUAUCUUCUAUUCAAAUACACAUUUUAGUUGGCUCCAAUGACACAGACCAAACUUUAAAUCCAUGUUUUUGCAUGAUUGUUGAAAGUCUUGAAUAUAUUAACAAAGUGAAAUCAAGUUACUAAUCAAAGGUAACUUAUUAUAUCUCACUCCUGUAGAUGAAGAGAGGCCCGCUCUCCAUGUACCCACACAGGAGAAUCAGGCUUUACACUGUAAGCUAGAGCGUCUGCAGUUUUUAAUGCAGCAGAGGCGGACUCGCAGGAAAUCACAUCUCUCCCAGUCGUGCCACCCCUAUCAGCAUCAUCAUCAUCAUCACCCCUAGUUCCCUUGUAGGAAUAAAAAGUGAUGCAGUUGUGUGGUUGUGGUACCGUCAAAACCUGACCUGAUCGAACAAUGUUGGGGAAAAAACAAUUAAUACGCCCCCAAACUUGUUGUGAAGAAAAACAAUAAACUUGUUUUUUGUUGUUUGUUUUUUAGAUUUUUUCCUUUUAUACUAUGAAAAAAAUCUGAAGAAUGUCAUUCAUAAAUAUCCAAGGAGUCUUUAUUCUGUGGCUGUCAGUGUCCUGAGUCUGUAACUUUACCUGAGGCUAUCCUGACAUUAACUGUCAUUGAUAUGUAGCAUAAUGUCAUGUUUGACGUAUUAAUUAAUCAAAACCUUCUGCUGUCUGUUGUUUGUGCAUUACAAUGCCUUAAUUAAACAUUCCCCAGUGUUAAAGCGCCAUGCUCUGUGUGGAGGAUGUUCCUCUAACUUGUUUCUCUUAUGCAAUAUUUAAAUGUUUAAGAAAAGCAUCAAAAAGAAUAAAGAGAAAAAUGUGAAACUCAGAGAUGUUCAUGUCAAGGCCCUUGCUGACACUGAUUACCUUAAUGUUUUUACAUAUCUGAUGGCUUUUUUGAUAUUGAGAUGUUUGUGUUGUUUUUCAGCUUCCAUCAAACAUGUGACAUCUACUGAUGUUAAGUUUAAAUAUGACAUCAAAGAUCCCUUGUUAUCUUAUAUCUAUAUAUAACAUAUGUGUUGCUAUAAGAGUUUUAGAAGGGCAUUAUUCAAUAUAUGGGAGAAAGGGGUAGGAUGAGCCAUUUUUCAUAUUUCGGAUCACUACAUCAAGGCAAUCAUAGUUUUGUCUCUAACUAGUGUAUGUCAAGACGCUGUUCAUUCCUGCAAACCAACGGAAUGAGUGUAAACACAACUGUCUUGAUAAUAUAGCAUGCCAAAAAAGUGGUCUCCUAUGGUCAACUUAGCCCGUGUAUGGGGUAAGUUGAGCC